UUUCGUUGAUGUCGCCAAGGAUACGACGUUUAGGGCACCACGGACGCCCUUGCCUGGAAGUAAGUUUCCACAACAUUUCUGGCAGCUAUGGUUACAGAUACCAUAAAAGAGAUGCUUCAAUGUAAACGCCGUACAUUUGCGGGCUGAUUCUGUUCAGAGCGGUUGAAUUCAUCAUGGCUCAUUUUCAGCUGAUGCUCGCUAUUACAGGUAUUGUGUUAUGUCUGGCGAUAUGCAAAGCUGCGAUUACUGACUGCGUCAACAACAACAGCUGUAACGGCCACGGCACGUGUCCCAGUCAGUGUUCGGCACCAUGUUCGUGCACGGACGGCUACGGUGGCCAUGACUGCACUAUCCCACCCAUUUGCACUGCAGCUGGAAGUGAGUGUGGUACCAACGGUGCCUGUACAACCUCAUCAAGCCCCUAUGUCUGCACCUGCUCCAACGGAUAUACUGGUGAAACGUGUACCGUAGCCCCUAUCUGUACUGCUGCCGGAAACCAGUGUGGCGCUAAUGGUGCCUGCACGACAUCGUCAGUGCCAUACGUCUGCACCUGCUCCAACGGAUAUUCAGGGGCACUGUGUACCACAGCCCCGGUCUGUACUGCUGCCGGAAGCCAGUGUGGAGCCCAAGGCAGCUGCACAACGUCGUCCACUCCAUACGUGUGCACCUGCACCGGCGGAUACACUGGGCCAACAUGUAACAUAGCUCCGAUCUGUACUGCUGCCGGAAGCCAGUGUGGCGCUAAUGGUGCCUGCACGACAUCAUCUACGCCAUACGUCUGCACCUGCUCCAACGGAUAUUCAGGGGCACUGUGUACCACAGCUCCAGUCUGCACUGCUGCCGGAAACCAGUGUGGAAGUCAAGGCAGCUGUACGACAUCGGCAACUCCAUACGUCUGUACCUGCACUGGCGGAUACUCAGGAUCACUGUGUACCGUAGCUCCAGUCUGCACUGCUGCCGGAAACCAGUGUGGCGCUAAUGGUGCCUGCACGACAUCUUCAACUCCAUACGUCUGUACCUGCACGGGCGGAUACACAGGAUCACUGUGUACCGUAGCUCCAGUCUGCACUGCUGCCGGAAAUCAGUGUGGCGCUAAUGGUGCCUGCACGACAUCUUCAACUCCAUACGUCUGUACCUGCACGGGCGGAUACACAGGAUCACUGUGUACCGUAGCUCCAGUCUGCACUGCUGCCGGAAACCAGUGUGGAAGUCAAGGCAGCUGUACGACAUCGGCAACUCCUUACGUCUGUACCUGCACGGGCGGAUACACAGGAUCACUGUGUACCGUAGCUCCAGUCUGCACUGCUGCCGGAAACCAGUGUGGCGCUAAUGGUGCCUGCACGACAUCUUCAACUCCAUACGUCUGUACCUGCACGGGCGGAUACACAGGAUCACUGUGUACCGUAGCUCCAGUCUGUACUGCUGCCGGAAACCAGUGUGGAAGUCAAGGCAGCUGUACGACAUCGUCAACUCCAUACGUCUGUACCUGCACGGGCGGAUACUCAGGAUCACUGUGUACCACAGCACCAGUCUGCACAGCUGCAGGAAACCAAUGUGGCACCAAGGGAGGCUGUAACACCUGCGGGAGCACCUACACCUGUCAGUGUUAUUCUGGCUAUGGUGGAACCACGUGUGCUACAGCUCCCCCGUGCACUGCACGAGGAAGUGAGUGCAAGAACGGUGGAACGUGCAACACUGCCACUUUCCCCUACACGUGUGCAUGUCCAUCGGGGCUUACUGGAGCCACAUGUCAGGGCGCUGGCAGUCAGGUGACCUUCUUUGUGGGCACGCUCCUCGUCUCUGCAUUGUCGAGUCUUGUCUUGAUGCAGUAUUAAUCGUCGGCUUAAAUGCUAUAACAGUAUUACAGUGACGAAAUAUUUCUUAAAACAUCCGUUUGCACGUCUACCACCAGACCGUGUGAAUAGACACCAACGUAGAUCUAAAUAUAGCUCCUGGAUCCAUAAAAUGACGUGAAACAUUAAGUGUGUCACUGACUUGAUUCGUGUAACCAUAGCAACAGUCGGAAAUGGUUGAUUGGUGUUUCUUCCCUCUCUCUGUCCUACUUAAAAACAUGAAACUUCUUUCUGUCCUUUAUCUUUCCACUUGUCCAAUACCAUGAUGACGUGUCGAGUUACUGACCUGUGUCGGUUGUUCCACUGAAAUAAACGGUGCGGUUCAAGACAAAA